AUGAAUCAACAACAACAACACGAUAUGUAUUACGAUUAUCCCACGACAGCGAACAGGUCGCCUGGGUCGACAAGACAAGGUUAUGCUACUGUUGGCUUACCCUCGGGCCUAGGAGGUAACCGAUCAGGUCAAAGACCUAUCGAAUCUCUUGGUCAGCAAAUGACAUCUGGUCAGAUAUACGGGCAUGAUGACCGUCUCGGUGGCGCGGGUUAUGAAUCUUUAUCGAGAUUUGAUCGCGUUGCACCAAGCGCAAUGCAAUCCGGUUACAUGUUGGAAAAUAGCCAGACGUGGGGCUAUAAUGGCGGAGUAGCUACCAUGAACGGCCCCAUGAAUGGCAACGGUAGGUUAGCGGUGAGGGCUGUAAAUCGGCGAGCCGCUCUGCCUACGACGUGGACUGAUCAAUCCGGAAUGGGCGUCCAUUCAAUGCCUCAGAUGUAUGAUCCAGGUAUGUCGAUGAACGGAAAUGAACAUGAUAUGUCAAAUAUGGCUGGCGCUGCCGCGGAUUCUCGAGGGAUGAUGGUCACUCCCGGCGCGUCCGAUUCCGAGCAACUUAUUCCUACGGCUAUCGUGAUAAAGAACAUCCAGUUCCAAUGUCGAAAGGAGAUUCUCCAAGGCCUCAUGGCUUCCAUGAAUCUCCCUCAGCCAUACGCUUUCAAUUAUCAUUUCGACAAGGGCGUAUUCAGGGGGUUGGCCUUCGCUAACUUCUCGACUGCUGAUGAUACCGCUAUUGUGAUUCAAAAGAUGAAUGGAUUGGAGGUUAUGGGUCGCAAAUUACGGGUUGAAUAUAAGAAGAUGCUACCGCAGGAUGAGCGUGAUAGGAUUGAUCGAGAGAAGCGUGAGAAACGAGGCCAGCUCGAAGAACAGCAUCGAGCGCCGCUUCCUAUGCACCAGCAGAGCGCUUUGCAGGCUCUUGGUGUUAGCGUCAACAAACAGCCAAGUAACUCGCCUUUACGCGACGUCGAUUUGAAUGAUCCUGCAACUCUCGAGUUUUAUACACAGUUGACACUGUUUAAGAAUGAUCCAUCGCGUGAAGUUCAUAUCUUCUCGCCGGAUGUUGCCCCCGAACAGCGCCGACAGAUACAUAUUCUCGCCCAUAACAUGGGUUUGGAGCACAGGUCCGUCGGGGAAGCUGAUCGAAGGCAGAUCCAAAUUAUGAAACGGCCGCAGAAUUCUCCUCCCGCCCAUGCCCAGAGCCAACUACCUAAUGUCUCUUGGGAAGAUCACCGGCGCGGGUUAAGUCGCGCUGCUACAUACGAUUUUACUGAAUCUCGCAUAGGUUCCAGUGCUUAUCAUGCACUGGGUAGGCAGGGCCCUACGUUGGAACUGCCAGGCAGUCCAGAUAAUGGAAUACCGAACAAUCUCAGAGCGGCUAAGAGUUUCGCAGAUCUGCGCACGCAUAGCCCGAGCCCUGCGCCGUCUGGUUCAAGCUAUGCUGGCCUUGGAAACGGCCUCGGGGCCCGCUAUGGUGAUUUUUCCCAAAACUCGCUGACCACGCCGCCCAAUUUAACCCCGACGUCAGGUCAAAAUGCUACAUCGAGCACCGACGCUUUAUUGGCGGGAAACAUGAGUUCUAUGAGCUUAGGUUUCGAUUCGAACGGCUCUCACAUGCGCGCUAGGGAAACGCCAGGUGCUAUUGGAAGCCAGAGACCGGGAGCUAAUGGAGCGGCAAACCGUAACGCUCCUGACAGGCAACCUCGCGGCCCAGAAUGGGCAGAAGCUAGUCAAGGUUUUGGCGGACGAAGUCGUGGACACAUGCAAAGGGGCAGUGAUUCAUCAGAUGCAGGUCGCAGUACUGCGCGCUUCCAUUGA